CCCGGGUGGCAGCGCAGGGCGAUGGAGUUAUCGGUGAGAGCCCGGCAGGGGCCGCGGCGUAUCCAAGGGAGCCCUUCCGCUGGUGCCCGGGGGCCGCUUCCUUCGCCUGCCCGCGAAAGCGGUCAGGAACUAUAUGAAUGCCCAAUGUGUCAUCUUGUUUGUACUGAUUACCCAGUUCUGCAGGAACAUGUUGAACUGCACUUGGAGGAAUGCAGCUUUUUAGAAGUAGGAAGACACUUGAGUGAUCUAGAAUUGGCACAGCAUCUCCAGAAUCAGGAAGACAGACAAAGAAGAGAAGAAGCAGUAAGACAAGAAAGAGAAGAUUUCCAAAAGCUACAGAGACAAUAUGGCAUGGAUGGCUCUGGAGGAUACAAGCAGCAGUCACUGAAGAACAUGGAAAAGGAAGUCGCUUUUGGAAAAAUGCAACCAUCUGAGUAUCACAAGAGAAAAGCUGAUAUGAUGGAAUCUCUGGCUUUUGGCAUUGAUGAUGGAAAGACAAAGACUUCAGGUAUUACAGAAGCACUGUGCCAGUACUAUCAAAAUGAAUGCAAAGACAUAAAACAUGUAUGGCUUUCUACCGGAGUGGAUCACUUCCAUUGUUCUUUAGGAGAUAAAGGCUGGGGUUGUGGCUAUAGGAACUUUCAAAUCCUGCUUUCUUCUCUCUUGAGAAACAGCACCUAUAAAGACUGCUUGAAAGAUAAUGCAUCAGUUCCUUGUAUUCCAAAAAUUCAGUCAUCAAUUGAAAAUGCCUGGAAAGAAGGCUUUGAUCCCCAGGGAGCUUCUCACUUCAACAGCAGAUUGCAGGGGACUAAGGCGUGGAUAGGAGCCUGUGAAAUUUAUUCACUCUUAACUUCUCUCAGGAUGAAGUGUCAAAUCAUUGACUUUCACCAGCCAACUGGCCCUUCAGGGACACACCCUCGUUUGUUUGAGUGGAUACAAAACUAUUACUCUUCAGACAAGGAAAACAGUGCAAAAGUUGUGUGCACCUCCAAGCCGCCAAUCUACCUUCAGCACCAAGGACAUAGUCGUACUGUUAUUGGAAUAGAAGAAAGGAAGAACAAGGCUUUGUGUCUACUCAUAUUCGAUCCAGGCUGCCCCACACAAGAAAUGCAAAAGCUCUUAAAAGGCAUUGAUGGGAACAGUCUCAGAUUGCUUCGAAGAUUUGUGGGCAGCUUAAAACAUAAACAGUACCAAAUAGUGGCCAUAGAUGGUGUGCUGUCCAUGGAGGAAAAAGCUGCUCGUAGGCAGGCUUCUCAGCACUUCACGGCUCAAAAGAUCCCUUGAAAUAAAAAAUCCUGAAGAAUACCAGAGAUAUCUUCUGCAAUCUUUUCAUUUUCAUGUGUUCAUAAAGACUCUGGAGCGAUGUACAUAUCUUCUUAAGCCUUUCAAAAUAAAUGUUUUUUGGGGUGGGGUGGGGGAAUGAAGUGUCUGGGUGUGAUCUCUCUAUGGUAACAGAUUAUGAAGAGGUGAGACAUCAUGUCCUUAAUCACCACAUAAUUACUGCAGAAUGUCUUUUUAAAUCUGGCUAGGUUGAGGGGGGGAAGAGUUCAAUCUACAUGAAAACUAAAAUGAUCUCUGCUACUUUCAGUGUUUGAAAGAAAAACUAUUCAUGCUAGAAUAGCACCAGUCCAAGGGGAAUUUUCCUAACUCUUAGAUUUCAGUAUCGCUCCCAUCAUUGAACGUGAUUACAUCUUAAUAGACAGAGGAACACGAAUUGUUUGAAGUCUUAUAGUUUUCAAGAAAAUUAUUUUGAAGCUAGCCUAGCAACAGCAGAGAUUGAACCCCCAUCCCCAUUGGCUGGCAUGAUUAUGGCAUCAGUGGGUUUCCCCCCCAGUAACUGAAUACAUGUGUGGCUUAUUUUAUUGGGUGGGUUGUUCUCUUCUCUGCCUUUGUUUUUGAUAAUUCUGCUGGAAUUAUCUACUGGAAUUAUCACCUGUCAGGAUUCCAAAUCUUGUCACUCUUAAGAUGAGAAAGUUUGAAGUCUUUUAGGUAGGAAGAGGAAGAACUUUUCCUCCACUUACUAUUAAUAAGCUGGAAUUCAGUGUGUCUAUCUCCUGCCUUUUAUGAUCAAACAACUGUCAUGAUUAAGGCCACAAAAAUGUCUUUGGUUGCAUAAGUCUUGGAAUGAUACUAUGAUAACGAUGAUUCAUAAAGGGAAAAAACCUUCAGCGUCAUACUGACCCCUAUCUCUCUUGAAUCAAAAUAUUUUGCAAUCUUUGGGGUAAAAAUAUAACAUGAAAUUAUAUCAGAAUAUAUCCAAACUGGUUUCAUCAUGACUGAUUUUUAUCAGAUAAUACAAAAGAAUAAUAGCCUUCCUUAAUAUAUGCCCCAACGAUUAAA